AAUCCCAAUCUUAAUCCGUUUCAGAGAUUGGAUCAGCCCCGGUCCGGGUCAAAAUUCAGUCCCUAUUUUGAUUUUCGCAUCUACAAAUAGAUUCAAAUAAUAAGUGGACGGCUACCAGAAAUACAUGAAUGGUAUCAGAGCAGAGUAGCCACUUUGCCAAAUUUAACUUCACUGAAUAAGUAUCAUGCUACAGAGUCUGCUUCUCCGUGCUUCUAAUUCUAUCUCGCUACCGUUGCCUAACCGUCACCAACUCUCUCCGUCUCCAAAACCACUCUCUGCUUGGAUAGACGCAGCUCCCUCUGCUGGACAAUCGCCCUCCAAUUAUCGAUCUGCACUCCCUUCUCUCCGCUGUACUGCUGCUGGUGGAGGUGGCAAUGAGUUGCAGCCGCUACAAAAUCAGGGAAUGGCCGCUCAAGACGAGAAAGAUCCUCGAAUAGCGAGGAUUUCCUCUUCAAUCAGGAUCAUCCCUGACUUCCCCAAAAAAGGGAUUUUGUUUCAGGAUAUAACUACGUUGCUUCUGGAUACUAAGGCGUUCAAGGACACGAUAGAUUUGUUCGUUGACAGAUACAAAGGGAAAAACAUCUCCGUCGUUGCAGGUAUUGAAGCAAGGGGUUUUAUAUUUGGCCCUCCGAUUGCAUUGGCAAUUGGUGCAAAAUUUGUGCCCUUGAGGAAACCUAAGAAGUUGCCUGGGGAGGUUAUUUCAGAGGAGUACUCAUUGGAAUAUGGAAAAGAUGUAAUCGAGAUGCAUGUAGGUGCUGUACAAGCAGGAGAACGGGCAUUGGUAAUAGAUGAUCUCAUUGCAACUGGAGGGACAUUAUGUGCAGCAAUCAGGCUACUUGAGCGUGUUGGGGUACAUGUUGUCGAAUGUGCUUGUGUCAUUGAAUUGCCAGAGCUGAAGGGCAGGGAACGGUUAGAAGACAAACCACUGUUUGUUCUCAUAAGCGGUUAGAAGACAAACCAUUUUUUCUUGGAGUGCCUAAUAACUAUAACCCUUCUCAAAGUUAUGAACUUGAUAAAGGUGAAGGAAACUUGGUAAUAAAGUAUGAGGACUCUUUUUUUAAACUUCUCUUUUUGGCUUGAUUGCAUUAAACUCUAAUUUUAAUUAUUGUUGGCUUUUAUGGCCAUGUGGGUUUGCGGUAGGGGAAUGACCAUCCUUGAUGUCUGGUUUUGGGGCAGUGGAUGGAUUGGGUACACCAAAUGUCAUUUGUUUCCCACACAGUUAUUUCAUCUUGGUGGGUGGAGCAUGAAUAUGAAAAAACGGGAGCACUAAUGUUGUCCCUUAACAGACGCCGGCCCACUUUUGCCUGCUUGCCUGUAUGCUUCUCUAUGUCGUGUUAUGCUACUAUAAUUUGUGGACGCAAAAGAUUCUGCAUUUGAUGCCUUUAUAAGAUUUAAUGCGCUUGAAGCUGAA